CAUACGUCGUUUUAUGGUGCGACAUCCUGCCACGACGACUAAUCCAACGGCCUGCUGGCCAAAGCCCCAACUCCGCACCGCACGGCACCGCAGUCCGCCAGUCCGCAGGGUUCUUCAUCGCCGCCUCCGGAAGCUUCCACCCCGCGAGCGGGCAAGCUUGAUCGCCGGGGCUGAGCCAUGACUCAGCCGCUCGUCUACUGCCCCGACGAUGCCCUUAAGAAGGAUCUAAUGAACGCGGCCAUCGACGGCAACCUUGGUCUCCUCAAAGGUAUUAUAAAGAAUCUUACCAAAGGAAAGGGUGACCCAUCGGCGAUUUUUUCUUUCAACAUCAAUGGGUAUUCUGUGUUGCACACGGCGGCAUGUUUUGCACAACUGGAUGUUUGCAAGUAUUUGGUGGAGGAGCUUAAUGGAGAUGUAAAUGCUCCUGGAUAUGGAGCUGGUGCUCUAGGGGGUGCAACUCCAUUUAUGUUGUCAGCCUCGUCUGAUGAUGUUGCUACAGUCAAGUAUUUUCUUGAUCAUGGUGGUGAUAUAUUGAAAGCAGAUGACAAAGGACGCACAGUUCUCCACCAUGCUGUGGCUGCAGGAUGCUGCAACGUGACAGAGUUCCUCCUUUCAAAAGGAGUUCCAAUCGACAUAAACUAUGGCCGUGGAACACCAGCAUUUGUGGCUGCUGCAAAUGGGAAGGAUAACACACUGAAGAUUUUGUUGGAUCACAACGCAAAU